GGAAGGUUUACUCCUGUAGCUGCCGGUUCGUUUAUUAUGAAAACGAAAGUAUAGUUUUAAACGCGAUGGCGUCCGCUUGUGAGUCUGACAAGGAAACCAACUCUGACAGCGGAUCAGAAAUCAGCGAUGGUCCAGAAAGUGAGCAGGAGUCAGACUCAGAAGAUGACUGUCAGAUUUACUCAAAGCAUCUCUGCAAAUAUUACAACCAGGGCAGAUGUAAGGACGGGGCCAGCUGCUCCUACCUGCACGUCUGCAAGUAUUUUCUAAAAGGAAGCUGCCGCUACGGGUCAAAUUGUAAACUAAAUCACAGCGUGGGAGGAAGGAGAUCAGCUGGAGCGACCAGCAGAACCCAAGACCAACCAGCAGCAAGCAACCCCCAGCUUACCGACGGUCGACCCUACCAGUGGCAGAUAAACGAUGGAAAGGGUUGGAAGGACGUCGAUAACGAUCAUGUUAUUGAGGCCCAGUACUCGCUGCCCCACAGUAAAAGCAUCAAAAUCUACAACACACCCUUUGGGGCGGUGAAUAUAGAUUUCAAAAGGAUGAAAGUGUGUGAAAAGAAGAACCUGAGAGUGAGGCGCCUGGAUGAUGGCAACACCGUGUGGGUCUGGUACUGCACCUUGAAUCGGAAGUGGAUGAAGUACGGAGAGAAGACGUCGAAGGGCAGUCAAAGUCCGGUAAAAAGCGCCGACAUAGAGAGCAAGUUCCAGAGCAACCCGAACGGCUCUUAUACUUUCACCGUUGGAGGGGAGAACUUCGAGAUCAAGUUCCCAGAAAUGCAACAGGUGGGGAAAACUAAAAAGAGGAAAGUCACACGGCGACCAGAGUUCAGAAAACAACAAGGAGCCGCUCAGCUGGCACCGACUCUCCAGGCGCUUUCUUUGGGCUCCAAACCACAGUGGGAGUUUGAAGGAAACGGCGGAACCUGGCAUCAGUUCAAACUCAGGUCUGGCUCUUCGACCGAGUGCUCGGUAACAAGUGACGAGAUUGAGAGGAAGUACCAGCAAAACCCCACCGACUCCAUGAUGUUCAAAGUACAGGGACAAACCUACAAGCUGGACUUUAGAGCCAUGACUCAGAUAAACCAGAUAACCAAGCGCAAGCGCAAGAUCCGACGAGUGCUGGUGUGAGCGUCGAGGAAGGAGUCGCUCACUCAGAGGCCAGCGAAUUGUACAAUACUGUGUUAGUGCCUUCGUUUUGGGUGUGUGUGGGUUUUUAAUCCUGUGUUUCAUUAGUGAUGGCUCUGUCAUCUGUAAUAGAAAUGUUAAUGAUGUUUACAUAGAUGAUGGCUUGAUGCAAUAUUAUAUCAAUGCUGUUUACAAGUGAAUGCAUGAAUGCUGCCUGAGAAUCAUGCAUUAAAAUAACCUAGCUUGACAGAAUAGGUGUUUGAAUGGACGAUCCAAGGAGCUCUAGUCUAUUGAUCCGCUUAGUACAGAUACCAACUGCAAAUUGUUUGUUUUUUUGGUUGUGUUUUGUGCUGAUGAUGCCAAAGAAAAAAUAUUGGUGAAAUUGGUGGACAUGAAAUGUGAUUUUAGAAGGUGUCU